AUGUCCGUCCUCUUCGUCCUAAGCGAAGACAACGUGCUUUACUAUGUGGGAACGGGGCCUCUGAGAAGUGACCUACCGCAAGAAGACGCGAUGCUGCGUCUAGUAGUACCCUCAAUGAUGAUUCAGGAGGUACUGCAGAACUGGCACGACUCAGUGAAUCUGGACUAUUAUUGGAUCGGUCUAUAUGCAGACGUAGCGAAGCACGUGCAGUCCUGUCCCGACGGUAGCUCAAGUGAAAGUCGACCAAAGAUCCGCGGAUACUCCCCAGGGAACAUACUAGCGGAACGACCGUUUCAGGUCGUUUCGAUGGAUUUAAUGGAUUUUGUGAUACCCUUACCGAAGUCUCGGCGGGGCAACACAGCGCUAUGA